CUCGUGUCAGCAUUAUCUUAGUUUCCAUUCACUCAUUUUGAGAUUGAUCGCUCAACAACCAUGGCGAGUCGUCCACCACGUGACAAGGACGUGUACGCGGCCAUCGUCACGCCCAAAGCGGCGGCGGCCGACGACGCCGUUGAGCCAGUAGUACCUUGGAGUCUCGUGCGCAACCCUCUCGAGUCGGCCCACUGGUUGUCGGUGGUAGCCAUCUCCUGGAUCGGGCCGCUGAUUUCAAAAGGCGCCAAGGCGCCGCUGACCGAAACGGAUGUGUGGCCGCUGCCUCACUCGGACACGGCGGAGGUCCUGUACGCCGAGUUCCGCCAGCACUGGGACGUGGAGCAAACGAAGCCGGCGCCGGCGCUCUGGUACGCCAUUUACCGGACGUUCCGAGGUCGGAUCUGGUACUCGUUCUCUUUGUACGUCGUGUCCGGGGCACUCAUGCUCGUGCAGCCCAUCCUGAUCAAGUCCAUGCUGCAGUUCCUCCAACAGCCGGACGACCGCCCCAUCGCGACCAGCGUCGGCAUCUCCAACGGCUACGUCCUCGCCGCCGCCUUGUCCAUUCUCACGAUUGUGUCGGUCACGGUUGGCGACUAUGGUCAGUACUUGGCCAACCACUUGGGCGUGAACGCCAAGCUCGUGCUCAUCGACACCGUCUUCAAAAAAGUGUUGUGCAUGUCGGGAUAUGCGACAAAGGAUUUGUCCACGGGAGACAUUGUCACGAUGGCAUCCGUGGACGCGGAGCGGAUGUUCUUUGGGUUUCUCAUGGGCUACUGGACCUUUAUCAGUCCGUUGACACUCGUUGCUGUGUUUAUCAUGCUCGGCACGGAAUUGGGGCCCGUGGUGGCACUUGUGGGGGGCGCCAUCAUGUUUGGAUUUGUAACGAUGGGGUUUAAGACGGGCGAAAAGGUCGGCCGCCUCCGUGCGGACGUGCUCGCCGUCCAAGCCGACCGCGUCAAACUGACCAAUGAAGUGCUCCAGGGCAUCCGCGUGGUCAAGUUAUACGCGUGGGAAGAGUCGUUGGAAGCGCAGCUGGCGGACAUCCGGACGCGGGAGCUCGUGCUACUCAAGAAGUACCAGGCCACUCGCAUCUUCAACACCGUGGCGCUGAUGUUGGCGCCGCUCGUUUCGCUCGCGGCGUGUCUGAUGGUGUACGUGGCACUUGGUAACCCCCUCACGACCCCCGUGGCCUUUACUGCGCUCGCGUACAUGAACAUUGCGCGCCAGCCAUGCACUGUCUUUAGCUCGUCUGUGAUGGGGCUCACAGAGGCGCUGGCGUCAUGUCGGCGCAUCACGACGUUCCUCUUGGCGGACGAAGUGGAUCUGCUCGUGUCGGCGACGGUUGGAGGUUCCGACGACGAAGCAGCGCCCGUGGUAGAGAUCACAGCCGGGGACUUUAGCUGGUCGGCGGCGAAAAAGCCAUCAGACCAAACUCAUCUGCAUAUUGCACUGGACAACGACGGUCCACAGCAGGUCGUCACCCUGUCCAACAUCAAUUUGCACAUUGAACCCAACACGCUGACCAUUGUCGUGGGCAGCGUCGGCAGCGGCAAGUCGAGUCUUAUCAGCGCCAUCCUCGGCGAAAUCCACCAAGUCAGCGGCAGCCAUAACGUCCAAGCGCACUUUUCCUAUGUGAACCAAGAAGCAUGGAUCCAGCAUGCCACGUUGAAGCAAAACAUCCUGUUUGACUCGCCCUAUGACGACACUUUAUACCAUCAAGUGCUAGCAGCAUGCCAGUUGGAAGCUGACCUGAGCAUGCUCCCGCAAGGCGACGCGACCGAGAUCGGCGAGCGCGGCAUCAACUUGAGCGGCGGCCAGAAGGCCCGCGUGAGUCUGGCGCGGGCUUUGUACCAUCAGCGCGCGAACGUCUUCUUAUUGGACGACCCAUUGAGUGCGCUCGAUGUGCACGUGGCCAACGCUGUGUUUGACCAGUGUGUGCAGGGGCUACUGAAAACCAAAACGACCGUUUUAGUGCUCAAUAGCCACUACCACUUGUUGCCCAAAGCUGAUCGGGUGAUCUUGAUGGCUCAUGGAUCGAUUGUGGGGGACAGGACUUAUGACCAACUCAAGCAUACGUUCCCGCACUUGAUGAGUGUGGCGCCAACUGCCAAGGACGACGUCGGAGUACAAGACGCGGCGGCGGCGGGCGUUGCCGACGUUGUCUUGAAUGCUGAUUCGAAAGAAGGCGCAAAGUCGCGAGGCCAACUGGUCGGACAAGAAGAUCGUCAACAAGGCACGGUGUCGGCGUCGACGUACAAUCUGUACUUUAGCUCGAGUGGCAUGAACGGGGUUGUCGUGGCGGGGCUGAUCGUGGUGUUUUACACCGUGUCGCAGAUCCUCGUGUCUGCUUUGGACUGGUUUAUGAGCUACUGGUCCAACGACCCCGCCCUCAACUCGUCGGUUUCCACUGGCUGGUGGUACAUCCUCCUCGCCGUGGUCGCCGUGGCGACGGUCUACGGCCGCUCCCUCCACGUCCUGCUGGUCGCCGUCGCGUGCUCCCGCGCCCUCCACGCCAAGAUCUUCCGCGCCGUCGUGUCGGCUCCUGUCCCGACCUUCUUUGACGUGACCCCCGUUGGCCGCAUCCUCAAUCGAUUCUCAUCGGAUCUGGAUCAAAUCGACUCGAUUUUGCCUUAUUUUGGCAUGAUGGUGCUCCAGUUUCUGUUUCAAUUCUUCUCUGUGCUCGUGGUGUGCAUGAUCACGACGCCGUGGAUUCUCGUGUUAUAUGUGCCGUUGGUGUACUUGUUUUUCAAACUGCAGCGGUAUUAUAACGCUACAUCGUCCGAGCUCAAACGGAUGGAGGGAACGUCGCGGUCCCCCGUCGUGACCAAAGUCAGCGAAGCCAUCAACGGCCUCUCGACUAUCCGGGCUUUUAACCGGACGGAUCGAUUUUUAGCCAAUCAGAGAGUCGCUUUGGAUCGCCACGUGAGCUUUUCGUUUGUGCUGAGCGUGAGCAACCGAUGGUUCCAGCUGCGGUUGGACUGGGUCGCGUCGCUUCUGAUUGUGGGCGUUGCAUUCGUGUCGAUUCUGACCAAGUCAACCAUCGGCCUCACUGCGGCGGGGCUAUCGCUCACGUACUCGUCUCAGCUGUCGUUCUACUUGUCCAAAGUGGCUAUUUUCUCCAAUAUGGUCGAGAAUACCAUGACCGCCGUCGAGCGCCUCGGUCACUUCAACUCGUUGGAAAGCGAAGACACUGGGCACGACAACACCAAGGGUCUUGCGCCCCCCCCUCCCCCGUCUUCGUGGCCCCAGCAAGGCGAGAUUACGUUUACCAACUACUCUAUGCGAUACCGUGAGCACUUGGAGCUCGUGCUGAACAACGUCAACUUUACCGUCAAAGGCGGCGAGAAGGUCGGCAUCGUCGGGCGCACUGGCUCGGGCAAGAGUUCGCUCAUGGCGGCGCUGUUCCGCAUGGUUCCGUCCGCGACGGGGACCAUCACUCUGGACGGGGUGGACAUUGCGUCGAUUUCGGUGCGCACGCUGCGGUCGCGGCUGACCAUCAUUCCGCAAGAUCCGGUGCUGUUCAGCGGGUCGCUUCGGUUCAAUUUGGACCCGUCUCACACGUGCUCGGACGAGGAGCUGUGGACGGCACUCAAGUGCGUGCACUUAGACGCGUUUGUGGGGUCGCUCGAGUUUGCCGUGUCGGAGAAGGGCAGCAAUGUGUCGGUGGGCCAGCGCCAGUUGCUGUGCAUCGCGCGCGCGUUGCUGCGCAAGUCCAAGGUGGUCGUGCUGGACGAAGCCACGGCCAACAUCGACCUGGAAACCGACCGACUGAUCCAGCACAUGAUCCAAGACGGCUUCCACGGUGUCACACGCCUCAUCAUCGCACAUCGCCUCGAAACCAUCCUAGACUCGGACCGCAUCCUCGUGCUGGACGCCGGCCACGUCGUCGAGUUUGACGCCCCCCCGACGCUGCUCGCCAACCCAGACAGCGCGUUUGCCCACCUUGCGAGCCAAGCCCACGUGCAAUUGUAAGAGUUUACAUUUCAGAAUGUAAUAACAUUGGGAACUUUGUCGCA